AUAAUUGGCUGAUCGAUGAGAAAAACACACAAGGUUAGAUGUAUGACGUUGCCCCAGUAGUUUGGUAUCACAAUACAACGUGAAAAACUACAUCCCCCAUCUUUGGAAUAGGUGUACGCUCGAUAUGUAUCACAGACUAUCCUGUUGAGACGAAUGCGUGCGUCUCUCUUUUCAGUACAGGCCGGAAGUUUUUACCGGGCAACGCAUAAAUACAAUUUCAACACACAAUAUGCAAGGCACCCCACCUACUCUGCGCCUGCUCUGUAACGACAUAGGGACGUAUAGCUAACUCAUCACAACUAACGUUAGCUCGUUUUGAAAAGUGUCUGGACAGCGCGUAGUAAUAGCGAUGUUAGCUUAUUAUAGCAUCCGGUGAAUUGGCUGGUAACACACGGACAUACACAAAUAAUGAGAAAGUGUGAAUUUGGUAGUCUUGUAGUGUGCCUUAGCCGUCUACUGUUGAAGUGGACGUUUUUAUUCGGAAAAAUAAACAAAUAAAUGCUCAACUGGUUUUUAUAGCGCGUUCAUGUUAGCCUGCUAAUGCUGGCUAACUAGCAGUCGGGCUAACGGGAAGACAGGACCGGCAUAGCAGCAGACCGACAGGCAGCGGAAAGUUUUGUGUAAACCAGAAGAAAUGGAUGGCAACUCGGAAGCUGCCUCUGAGCGAAUUCUUCUCGAACCAUACAAGUACUUGUUGCAACUGCCAGGAAAGCAAGUGAGGACAAAACUGUCACAAGCAUUUAACCACUGGUUGAAUGUUCCAGAGGACAAACUGCAGGUGAUCAUCCAGGUGACGGAGAUGCUGCACAACGCCAGCCUGCUCAUCGACGACAUUGAGGACAGCUCCAAGCUGCGGCGGGGCUUCCCCGUGGCGCACAGCAUCUACGGCAUCCCCUCCGUCAUCAACUCGGCCAACUACGUCUACUUCCUGGGCCUGGAGAAGGUGCUGACCCUGGAGCACCCCGAGGCCGUGCCGGUGUUCACCCGGCAGCUGCUGGAGCUCCACCGGGGGCAGGGCCUGGACAUCCACUGGAGGGACACCUACACCUGUCCCACCGAGCAGGAGUACCGCAACAUGGUGCUGCAGAAGACCGGGGGGCUCUUCGGUCUGGCCGUGGGCCUCAUGCAGCUCUUCUCCGACUGGAAACAGGACCUGAAGCCCCUCCUGGACACGCUGGGCCUGUUCUUCCAGAUCCGCGACGACUACGCCAACCUGAGCUCCCGCGAGUACAGCGAGAACAAGAGCUUCUGCGAGGACCUGACCGAGGGCAAGUUCUCCUUCCCCACCAUCCACGCCAUAUGGUCGCGCCCGGAGAGCACGCAGGUGCAGAACAUCCUGAGGCAGCGCACGGAGAACACGGAUAUCAAGCGGUACUGCGUGGACUACCUGGAGAAGGUGGGCUCGUUCGCCUACACCCGCCAGACCCUGCAGGACCUGGAGGCGGAGGUCUACCGCCUCAUCGGGGAGUUCGGGGGGAACCCGCAGCUGGAGAGCCUGGUCACGCACCUGAGCAAAAUGCACCGCGAGGCCGAAGCCACGGCGGGGGCCGGCGGCGAGGGGCGCGGCAGCCAAAUACACUGAUGCACACUCCAUCGACACGGAGGCUCCGCUGGUGCACAGACGCAGACUCACGCUCGCCCCAAAAGCUCCACACGGGUCCCGGUUUGUUGCAACGAGUCCCCUUGAUGAUCAAACUUGAGCGGGGUGCUCCAGGUUAGAUGUUUGUCUCCGUUCAGCAGCGACGAGACCACAAAGCGAAUGUUGCCUUUCGGGUUUUCUGAUUGUUACGGUGAGCAUUUCAAAACUGUUGGAUCCGAAUUGUAGCUGUUUAGUCGACGGAAUGAAUAAAUCCCAAAAUAAAUUAACAUCUCGGUCGGUUUUGUGUCCCCUACCCUGAUAAGAAUUAUCAAGACAGCAGCAAAGCUUAAAAGGCUUCCUUUUGAUGUUCACUCCAGGUAAUACAAACGUGUUCUUUAUGUUUCGCCAACGAAUGGAAAUUAUUUAUCUAGUGCCGAGUAAAUGCUGUUUUGUUAAAAAAUAAGUCUGUGUUAAAAAUUAGAUGUC